AUGGAGAACAACAACAACAACAAUAAUAAUAAUAAUAACAAAGUCAAUAGUAGUAGUAAUGCGACAGCUGUUGCGGUCAACACAACAUCACAGACAUCGAAUAUUGCAGAUGUUAUAGUUAAAUCAAUUGAAGAGGUGGCACUUAAUGGUGCCUUGGGUAUGACUCCAAAGGAGCUGUGGAUCAUACUUCAGACAGAUGCAAAGGCAUUCACAUUGAACCAAUAUACCAAACAAUACAUUCACACUGCACUCUUGAACGACCCUCAGAUAUCAAUCGCAUCCUUGAGUGAUGACGUCCCAACUCCAACUAUUGCCGCAGCCCCUCAACAACAGACACAGACAGAGCCACAAGCACAGACACAAUCACGUCAACUACAGAUACAGACACAGACACAGACACAGACACAACAGGGGUCUACAUUGCCAUCACCUGACACCACCCCGAUAACAAUAGAACAGGACAAUGCUGUACUAGCUACAGCAACGAGUGUACAGUCACUCGCACCAUUCGGAGGUCUGACAUCGAGUGUGUGGAUGAGACAGAAUCAAGAGACACAGUCAUCCGAGCCAAAGCACCUGAACAAAGCAGACUAUCCACAGCUCAGUCUGUGUGAGGAUACGAUACGAUACGUUGCCAAUGAUGACCUACGCAUGAUGUCAUUCGGUGUCAAGGGUACAGGCAUCCAGCUGAACAUCCUACACAUCAAGAUCAUCUCCUUCAUUGCGAUCAAGCGACACUAUGGCUGCAUUCAACGCGACAUCACCGAGCAAUUGCGCAUGGAUGCCAGGAACAUCUUCCAUCCCAUCAAGUUUCUCAUAACACGAGGAUUGGUCAAGAAGAUAUCAGUAUACCAGCGUAGGAACGCCUCCUCUAACUCGGGACAGAGUGCAAUCAACUCCAAUGUGCUCUAUCUAACAAGGUUCUUUGAGAAGCGAUUGAUACCGCCAACUUGGAAGUUGAUCAAGUCAUUGCCAGAGACGAUAUGUGGCAUUCUCGCCAAGCAGCCAAACAGGGAGAUGCCCUACAAUGAUCUCCAGAAGACUUUGUUGGAGGGUGGCGAGGACGACAUAUCGGCCACCACAUUGAAGAAGUUCCGCAAAGAGCUUGAGGAUCAGGGCUACAUUGAGUCAUUCGCGUCGACCACAAAGGCCCGUGGUAUCACACUGCGCUUGAAGAGGCCGUACAAGAGCGAAGAGGAGAAGCCCGACGAGGAGGAUGAGGACGACGAGGACAAUGAUCAACUGCCAAUCAGCGCGCCACAAUCACGACUGGUGAUGGAGCGUCCUCUUCUGGACCAGAUCCACAUGUACAUCAAGAAGGCUGGCGAAUCUGGUGUCACUAUGAUGGACAUCCGCACAUGGGUCGGCUUCAUCUCGUCCAAGCAUGUCUUCACAGGCGUCCGAGCACUCAUACUCUACUACAAUCUCAAGGUGAUACCAACUGUGCAGGGCAAGCAGAUGACCUAUAGAUUGGUCGCUGGCAAUGGUGCGCCGGUAAAUACGGCUGUCCCGGCCAUCACUGGGUUCCAGGCGCCAACGUCGAGGAAGGCAAAGCCACCUCCUCCCCCAAAGGAGAAGAAGAAACAGGGACGACCAAGGAAGGACGCACAAGAUGACAAAGCAAAGACUGACAGCAAGGACAAGGAUGAGGCAGAGACAGAGCCAAAGAAACAGGAUCAGCUGACACUACAACAAGACGAAUCUUCAGGAUCCAUGGUCAUUGUCCAAGACAAGCCCGUUGAGCAGUCACAGUCACAGCCAGAGUCACAGGCACUGCCACAGCCGCAACAAGAGUUGGUAGUGCAACCAGAACCAGUUGUGCCAACAACACCUACGAAAGCUGUGGUACAUGGCCGCAAGACUCUCCCAAGGACAACGCUGUACAUGGCAAGAGAGAAGUUCGUCACUGAGCGUAUACAAGAGCAAAAGGGUGUCUUAUUCUUGGUGCUCCAGGAUCAGUUGAGCAAGUUCGAUGACAAGACUGAUCAGAAGACACUGAAACAUCUAUUGAACGAGAUGGAGAAGGAGGGAAAGAUCAAGCUGAUCUCACUCUACAUGCCAACGAUUGACAAUGCAAAGAACGUUCUGUUUAUCAUGGAUAGCAAGUAUAGUGUCCAGGACCAGGUGAUCAAGGACGUCAUCACAGAGGCCAGGAGCAUUAGGAACAAGCUAGGAGUGAGCGAGCCAACCGUGCAAAAGGACGAGGAAUCACAGAAGAAUGUAAAGUCCGCCGAUUUGAAUCAGACUGCUCAAAUCGCUCAGGGCUAUGGCAUGAUUGCCGGACUGUUCCUUCGCAUCAAGUACUUCCACUUCUUGCUUUGGACCUAUUGCAUGGAGCUCACCAAGAAGAACCAGGCGACUCAAGCUGCGACCCAAUCAUCAUCUGAGCCAGCACUAUUACCCGACACUGUUGUCGAGUUCCCAGCGGAGAUCACCAUCUAUCAGAAUGCAUUCUUGAACAACUGCCCCGUGGACGACUAUCUCAAGUGCUUCCCUCAAUACUAUGUGGUGGAACACUUGGACGAUCAUAUUGCAAGCAGGACGAUCUUGAGUGCCUUGCCACGCGAGAUUCGAAUGGAGUUGUUCAAGCGUGGAUACCUCACAAGAGUGUCGCAACUCACCAAGAUAAUGAAGAUGCUAGGUCUUGUCGUGCCAACAGUGGAGGGACACUAUGUCCGUUUGACCAUCAAGCGAGAUGUUCAAUUGGAUGAGAAGACAUACUGCUUCAGCACACUGGAGACCAUCACAGAGUACUGGACCGACCUGCAGUACAUUGGUCUCACCAACGAAGUGCAUUCACUUGGCAAGAACAUGCCCAUGAUCCAGAACACUGCUCUCUGGGGCUUCGUCACUGGCAUCUCCAGAGUCAAGCGCUCGACCAUCUACACCAAGUUCAGAAGGGAACCACCAAUGACCAAGGCCGAACUUAUAGAAGUUGCCGUGACAGAGAAGGUCAGACUGAGCAAGGUGGAGUCACUCUACAAGAACUACUUGAAGAAGAUCAAUGACAAGAGCAAUCGUAUCAUGUUGGACUAUGACACAAAGAUGGCCAAGAGGAGGAAGCAGAAGACCUUGGCCAGUCGCCCUGGCCGUAGAGCUGGCACUGUUGAGCCGAGACCCAAUCGAUGGACACACGAGGAGGACAUCCGUCUGCUGAAUGUUGCGCUCGCCAUCUUUGCGCCCUUCCUCCAGAGUCUUACCAAGCGACCCACCCAACCACUGGUCUCGAUCUAUGGUGUGCCCGCCAUCAUCCAUCCCGACUGGCAAAAGGUUGCCAAGACCAUCGAUCGCUCCGUCCCCCAUUGUCACCGACGUAUCAAGACACUCGUGACCAAGUACUCAUCCUUCCGCAUCCAGUUCCAAUCGCUCCUCAAGUUCAGGAAGGUCCAAGCACAGUUUGACCUUCCAGAGUCAAUGGAGGUAUUCGACUCAAUACUCGAGUUCAAUGAGUACAAGUGCUUCGAUGAUGUCAUCCAAUACUGCCACUUUGACAAUGUGGAGCAGUCAUUGAUCAAGGAGAAGUUGUUGUAUCAGGUGAUGCUGUCGGACGAUGAGUUCAGCAGCAAGUUUGGCCAGGAGCUGGUGCCAUCUACAAACAAGGAGUUGGUCGUUGACGUCAUGGCACAGAUGACCCGAGACAGGAUCAUCCACCCAGUCCUCAAGCAAAAGUCAAAGCGAUUCGUACUUGGCAAGAGGGAGCCAAUCUACAAGCUGGCGUGCGUGGAUGGCGCCUUCUUCUUUGGCGAGAACGAGGAGUUCCUGUCCGUGGUCAAGAACAAUGUCCACUUCGACAGACUGGACGACGCCGAUCUGUUCCACUUUGAGCCACACAACUCUGGUGGCUCAGUCAGCCAGUGCCUCCAGCUGAUGCACCGAGGCAAGUUCACGCCAGCCAUCGAUAUCAGACAGGAGAGGGAUCUCUUCAGGGCGAAGGGCACGCGCAGUGUCGUUGGCGAGCCCAGGAUAGACAACUUCCUGUGCAAGUUCAUCAGCCUCUCAUACGUGUUGAGCGAGUUCAUCGAUAGGAGCUACCUGAAGCGAGUGUUCAUCGACGAAGGCAUCGGAAUGGAUGAAGAGGAGACUGAACUACUGAAUGAGUUCGAGUCACAGCGCAAGUAUGUCAAGUUGUUGACAGAGUUUGAGGAUCCAUCAUCCCAACAGCAGCAGAUGCAAGAUGACGAGGAUAUGGACAAGGACACCAACAACAGAACACCAGUGUUGGACCUGAUCAGAACAUACCAAGUGAGAUUGGAACUCGACGAGCUCAAGACGAUGUUCUACCAACGCACUGUCAAUGCCAACGUGGACGACUUUGAUGAUAUAUACGACAACUUGGCAAUGAUGGAGCGAGUCUACAAGAUGAUCGUCAAUUCCAAAGAGGCAGGAAUGACCAAGAAGAGCAUCGUCAACGAAAUUGCAUACAAUGGCUACAAUAGCGACGAGAGCCUCGAGUACUUUGAACACGAUGAGGACCUACUGGAGCAGGUGAUCGAUCAACUGCCACGCUUCACAAGCGAGCUGCUUGCAAUGAAGUUGAUACAAGUAGUCUACGGCUACUCUGAGAAGAUCUAUGUGGCCACACAGUUUGUCGAGCAAUCAAUGCUCCCUCUCGACCCAGCCCGCCCACUCCAGGAGAAGACGCUCAUUCGUCCGUGGGUGGCACAGGAUGGCAGUGUCGUGCACGACAUCUUCAAUCAGCUCGUAUACGAGAUCAUCAUCAGGAUCAUGGAGAAUCCAGGCAUCACCUUGGAGCGCCUGGCCUACAAGACCAGAUUCUCCACGCCGUCGUUCAUCAGCGAGGUGGUCCAAAUACUUGCCCGUCUGGACUUUGUCUCGAUCAAAUGCUACGCAUACAAGCCUGCCACAUUGUUCACCGAGUCCUCAUAUCAACUACUUCCAUACUCGUCUGUUGAUGCAUCAUUACGUCUGCCGCCAGAUCAGUAUGACUCUAAACAGACACUCAACCAGAUCUACAACCCAACCGAGAACAUCAUCAAUCUGCCAUCAGACUUUAGCGACUUUAUUCACAUGAUUGAACUUUAG